CACAGGGGGAGAGCGUCGCUUCCACCACUAUGAAAACUCACUGAGCUAUUCAUUAUCGCUCCCAAGUCUCCGCAUCACUGCCAGCAAACGGCCUCGUUCUGGAUCAAUGCAGGCUUUGCUGACUCACUUCAACUUACUCAUCGGCUACUUAACGCUCACUUACUUGUUACUUCAACUGCCCAUUUGAGCCAAUCAGAGGAUGCCAAUCAGAUACUUUUUGGCAGUGGAACACCAUGAAGACAGCGCUGCUCGUGGCGCUAGCCGCGUGCUUUUUGUCGCUCCUUCUGGAACUGAACCGCGGUGCCUACGCGUGGCAAGGGGAUGACGACGUCGACGAAGUGGAGGAAGACGACGACGACUUCGACUUCGUCACCAGUGAUCUUAACUUUGUCAAGCACACCGACUACGUGGAGGUGGAGUGUAGUGGUCAGGAGUGCGCGGCUGAGGUGGCAGACGGAAGCGAAGGCGUACCCUCCGUCUGGACUCGAGGCCUUGUAACGCCAAAGCUUAAGCCUAAGCUGAUUCUACAGGAACACGCGCGAGCGGCCACCAAAGUUGAGAAGCAGUUUAAAGGCGAAACUCUGGGCUACGUGACCCCGUGGAACAGCCGUGGCUACGACUGGGCCAAAACGUUCCGCACUAAGUUCACGUACAUCUCGCCUGUGUGGCUGCAGCUACGUGAGGACCCUGAUCACGUCCCAAUCAUCACGGGCACACACGAUAUCGAUCGCCAGUGGGUGCUGGAUGUCAAGAACGGAGUUGAAGGGGAUGAUCAGCAGGGCGAGGGUCCUGAGAUUGUACCUCGUGUUGUUUAUGAGCGCAACCGUCUCAGUUCAGAGGACGUCCCGAUCAUCAUCGAGAAGAUGCUGGAGUUGGUGAACGAGUACAAGUUUGAUGGAAUGGUGUUCGAGAUUCCAGUCAUGGAAGGGACAGUGGAUAUGCUGCAGCAAAUAGGUCGCGCCUUCCGAGCUGCGGACAAGCUGCUGAUCUUGGUGCUGUCCAGAAGCUCGCAGGAGGGAGAAUUGCCUGUGACGCACGAAAUAUUUAACGAGUUGGCGCCGCUGGUGCAUCGGUUCUCUAUGAAUGCGUACGACUUCAGUGCGCCAGGGCCGAAUGCGCCGUAUCCGUGGCUGAAGAAGACGCUGGAGAAGAUGUCACCGAUGGAGAGACAAAAGGUUCUGAUGGGGAUCCCAUUCUACGGAUAUGACAACAGCGAUGCCAUAACUGGAAGCACGUACAUCCAGUCGCUAAAGGAUAACGAUGUCUCCAAAAUUCGCUGGGACGCAACGGCACAUGAAUGCCAACACACGUACACGACAGCAGACACGCACAGCCAUCACGUAGUUUUCUUCCCGUGCUUGCAGUUCCUGCAGGAUCGCUUGAAGUUGUUCCAGGAGAAACACGUUGGCGUUGCGAUCUGGGAACUCGGACAAGGCCUCGACUUUUUCUACGAUCUGCUCUAAAACAACGCACCUCCACUUAAAAAUCGGCAAUGCUCCAUUCAUAAAAGUCAAUUACGUUUGUUGUGCCCAUGGCUUCAGUCGA